CUCCCCGGGAAUUUACAUUGACCUAGUAGAUUCGAUCUGGGAGGGAAGAGAUCGAGCUAUGUAAAUGGAUCUCUCAGAAGAGAGCGACGCAACUCUCAGAUUGAUCAAUCAGAUGCUUAUGGAAGAAGAGGAUUUAGCCAACAAGCCUUGCAUGUUCACCGACAUCCUCGCCCUUCAUGCCACUGAGAGAUCCUUCUACAAUGCUCUCGUCUCCUCCAAUCAAGAUUCCAAACCUCCCGGUUGGGUUCCGGACGAGACCAAUAUCCACGAUUAUGUGUUGCAGACGGUUUUGAGGACUUUCUCCUCUGCCAACACCAUCUCGCCGCCGGUGGUUCGCAAUUUUACUGGAGGAUCGAGCAGAAGGAGAUCGCGGGAACUAGACGAUAGCGAAAACUUCCGUCGUAGCAACAAGCAAUUGGCGAGCUUUCCGGAUGAAACAGACGACGAGCCGCAAGAGGCAUACGAUAAGGUGUUGCUCUGUCCAAUUUUGAAUCCACACCUCCAGCAAAACUGUGAUCAGUGGUGCCCUAAUCGAUCAGACAAUUCGUCGAACAGGUCCAAGGCACGAGUUAAGAAGAAGAUCGGAAACAAACAAGAAAUAAUAGACCUUAACACUCUUCUACUUAACUGCGCUCAAGCUUCCGCCACCUUCGAUCUCCACAACGCUUACGAUAUCCUAAGGCAGAUAAGGCAACACUCCUCACCUCAAGGUGACGGUACGCAGAGAUUAGCUCAUUACUUCGCCAACGCUAUUGAAGCUCGCUUGGCCGGAAACGGGACGACGGCUCAUUCAGCGUUUAACUCCAAAAGAAGACCCGCCGCAGAUAUCCUGAGAGGUCAUCAGCUUUACGUCACAGCCUCCCCUUUCAACAAGGUGUCGAAUUCGUACGCGAACAAAUCGAUAAUGAAGUUAGCUGCUAACUCAAACAGCCUUCACAUAAUUGAUUUCGGCAUCCUCUACGGAUUCCAAUGGCCUUGUCUCAUCCAGAAUCUCUCUGUAAGACCCGGUGGACCCCCAAAGAUUCGCAUCACCGGAAUCGACUUCCCUCAGCCAGGUUUCCGUCCGGCUGAGAGGAUUGAAGAGACAGGACGUCGUCUGGGAACUUAUUGUAAGAGAUUUAACGUCCCGUUUCAGUUCACACCCAUAGCCAAAAAAUGGGACAGCAUAAAUCUUGAAGAUCUUCACAUCAAGCCAGACGAGCUCCUAGUGGUGAACUCAAUGAACCGUCUCAGGCACAUGCUGGACGAGACAAUAGUCAUGAACAGCCCUAGAGAUGCUGUGCUGAAACUGAUAAAACAAAUAAACCCAGAUUUGUUCAUCCAUGGAGAAAUGACUGGAACUUAUGGCGCGCCAUUCUUUGUCACCAGAUUCAGGGAGGCAGUGUUCCAUUUCUCUUCAAUGUUCGAUAUGCUGGAUACGAUUUUGCAGGGAGGAGAGAAAGGUCAGGAAGAAAGGUUGGUGUUUGAGAAGGAGAUAAUGGGGAGAGACAUAAUGAACGUGGUAGCAUGCGAAGGGUUAGAGAGAAUAGAGAGGCCUGAGACAUACAAGCAAUGGCAAAUGAGAUUGGAAAGGGCAGGAUUCCGUCAACAGGGUUUGAACAAGGAGAUAAUGGAAGAGACAGUGGAGAAUAUUAAGAAGAACUAUCAUAAGGAAUUCACAGUAGAUAGAGAUGGGGAAUGGAUGCUACAAGGAUGGAAAGGAAGAAUUGUCUAUUGCAUCUCUUCUUGGAAGCCUAACCUACAAUAACUUUCUUUCUGGGAAAUUUAUCUAUCAUUCAUCAUAAAGUUUAAUAAUAAUAAUAAACACACAAAAAUUGUUUUUAAAUAGAAUUAAAGAUUGUGAAAACCUAAUAUGGCAAAAAAGCUACAACAUAAAUUUGUCUGAA